UACAACAACACCCACCAUCACUGUACAUUUUGCCAAAAUGUGCACAUGUGCAUCUUUCGUUUACGAUUUAAGCACAUUUUUUGUUUUGUUUUACUCUAUUGUCUCUUCUUCUUUCGUUCUCCUUUUGCUUUUUUGUAAAGAAUUAAAAUUGAACAGCUUGUACAUUAUUAUGAUUACUAUUAUUAUGAAUAUUAUUAUGAAUAUUAUUAUUAUUGUCUUUUUCCAUCAGUGCUCUUUUAGCUGAUGGAAAAAAAAAAACAGUUGCACAUUAUCCUGAACAUACACUUACUGCUCUACAAUGGAAAAAAUAGAAAAAAAAAUUAAACUAUUAAAUAUAUUAAUAAUUACCUGCCUGUUACUUAAGAGAAAAAAGUAUCUAUAUAUGAUGAAAGAACACAGCUGUAUACUGUAGACUAAACUGUAUGGAAAUCUAAGAAUUUAAUGGGAAAAUAAGUCAACACCUUUUGUCUGUAUAAAAAAUCAAAUCAAAGUAUUCUACAAUAAUAACUUUGACCAGUGUCUGUGGUUGUGUUUUAUUGUGUGCCUGUGAUUAUUUCUUCUGUUUGAUGACAUUGCUUCACAAACUGCCAGAACACUUCUUCCCUUAAAGGAAAUCUUUUUUGGAAAGAUGAAGUAAUCCUGGUUAUCAUUUUGGGGUGGACAGCAAGGUGUCCAACACUUUUGAAUCAUAUAUUGUCAAACUUUGUAUUCUGUACAUAGUUUGUUCUGGUUCUCAAUGCAGGUUACUCUGGCCACAUAGAUAGGAAGAGAACAUGUGAAGUGAUUAACUACCAUUUUUACAUGCCAUUUAUCUGUAUUAAAUGAUACCAGCGGGAGACAAGGUUAAUGUAACUGUCUUACUGCCAGUGAUGGAGCUCUGCUUUAUAAGAAUAUAUAAUAUUUACUAUUUGGAGCUGGGAUGGUGCAGGGAUGCUGGAUGAAUUGUCAUGGAAUGAGGUAAGUGAGCAUCAGUGAGCAUUUCCUGGCUUGGCUGGAGCAAAACAUCCUGGGAGUACACAAUUCACAUUCAUAGUUUGUUUUAAGUCAAACUUCUGAUAAAUACAUAAGAUAAUUACAAAAGAUCAGAUUGUUUUAUGUUAUACUAGGUUUUUGUUAUUUGUAAAAAUUGGCUUGGUAGAUUAGUUUUAAAAAUAUCUAGAUGUUUUGUUGUGUCAAAAGAAUACAUGAGGUGAGUAAUCACUGUGUAAACGUGUUGACUUAAAAACCUGUAGUUAAAGGGAUGCUGACGUAACUACGACAGCUUCUGACGUAACCAUGUGAAAAGAGUCCCUGAACGAAUCAUUAUGACUCUUUUUACUGAAAGUAAACAAAAGAUUCGAGUCACUGGGAUGAAUCAGUCCUCACCACUACUACAACCAAAAAACACUGGGCAGAGCUGAAGGUGCAAUCAGUUGUUUGUUAUGUUUUAGUGAGCUAAUUAAUUCGUGAGCUUCUCGAAUGCUUCUUUUAUAGUCCAAUUAAGCAAAAUCUUCAAAUCUAAGCAUCCAUCUCUAUGGAGGAGAAGCAACCUCUCAAUGAAUCAGGAACGGUAGAGGCUCCUGGCGCAGGGAACGCACAGCAUCGCUUCAACAUGAAUCAUUACGCUACUAAGAAGAGUGCGGCACAGAGCAUGUUGGAUGUGGCUCUUCUGAUGGCGAACUCCUCUCAGCUGAAGACUGUGCUGCAUUCAGGAGCACAGCACCGCUUCUACGUUCCUCUCAUCGCUCUGAUCUCACUGUCCAUCUCACUGCAGGUCAUUGUUGGCCUCCUGCUCAUCUUCAUCGUGAAGUAUGACCUGAAUGAUGUUAAGAAACAGCCAAGGCUUAACACAAUGAAUGAUGCUGCGACUGUGUUUGUGUUCUUUACUGUUCUUAUCAACAUCUUCAUCACAGCAUUGGGAUUUGAGUCCGGAGGGGGCAGUGUAAUAUUUGAAACUGCACUCGCUCAGACCAGAUCUUUAAACUUCACUGAUGAUGUAUAAGCACACAAGGACUGCUCACAUGAUCGUAUUGCCACUCAACCUGCCUUUCAUGUCAUCAACAUGUAUUUACCAAACAAAUUACUGGAAACUGUAGGCCUGCUCCAUAACAUAUCUCAGCAAAAGUUCUCAUGUGAUAUCUUGUAAUGUUAUGGCAGCACUUUUUUAACAAACUAUGAAUUUGUCUUUUUCUCAGUUUAUGUGAAAGACACCUUUUUACAUAAAGGACACAAUAGAGAACAUAGUAAAAUGUUUGUGAUUUUUUCCUUUCUUGGUUAUUGCAUCUUUAUAGCAACACUGCUGAAAACCUCUUUGAAAUAAAAACAUAUUU